UUGGCAAUUGAAGGGACUGAGCAAGUAUGAAGCAGCCAGAGAAGAAGAGUGCUCCAACAAAUAAUCAGGCCAUGCGUUCGGUAAGGUCCCAAAGCAGAGAUACUAAGCUAAAGCAAGAGAAGGCAAGCCAACCACGGAAAACAAAGAACACAGAUACAAUUAGUGUGUCUGAGGAAGUAUCUCGAAAUGAUAAAGUAAUUAAAUCUGCCGAUCAAGAGAGUAAGCCAAACACAAAUUUAGAUAGAGAAGAAGAUGAUGGGAGGGAAGAAUCAGACUCUGAGACCGUAACAGAUUCUGUAUCCUCCAGUGGGGAUUCACGGGCCACAGAAGACGAAAAACUAGAAAGUAUUCCAGUAGUUUCACAAAAUCCUGAAAAGAAAGAUAAUUCGGAAAAAUCAUCAAAUGUACAAAGAGUGAAAUCUACUAAGGAACUUUCUGCUAGCACUUCUAAGAAAACAGCAACCUCUACUAAUGGCAUAGGAAAACGUUCUGCUGAUAAUAACUUGAAUGGUGUAAAAGUGCAUCCAAAACGUUCAUCAGCCCCUUCAUCAGUGUCCUCUGAAGGAUUAGAUGACCAAACCUGCGAAGAACGAAAGGAAGAGAAUAUCUUGGAUGAUAAUGAAACAAAAGAGGAUUUGGAUCAAAAGAUCGAAGAAAUGGAAAUGAGGAUCGAGAAACUUGAAGAGGAGCUAAGAGAAGUUGCUGCUCUUGAAAUUUCUCUCUAUUCAGUAGCUCCAGAGCAUGGUAGUUCAGCGCAUAAGGUGCAUACACCAGCCCGACGCCUUUCUAGACUUUAUAUACAUGCAGCCAAACACUACACUCAAGGAAACCGAGCUACAAUUGCUAAGAACACUGCAUCAGGGCUGGUUUUGAUUGCAAAAUCAUGUGGCAAUGAUGUUCCGAGGUUAACGUUCUGGUGGUCAAACACUAUCAUAUUGAGGGAGAUUAUAACCCAAGCAUUUGGCAGUUCCUGUCAAUCAAGUUCAUUGACUAGAAUACUAAGUCCAAAAGGAUCAAAUAAUAAAAUGGAAGGCAGAAGUAAACAAUUUAAUAAACCUGAUUUUAUCGAGUUCAUUGAUGAUUGGCAAGAAACAAGAGCCUUCACAUCUGCACUUGAGAAAGUUGAGUCGUGGAUCUUUUCGCGAAUUGUAGAGUCUAUAUGGUGGCAGACGUUGACUCCUAAAAUGCAAUCUCUAGGUGAAGAUACAAAUACUAAUAAAGGUAUUGGGAAGUUACUAGGAACUGCUUCGGGUAACCAGCAACAAGGAAACUUCUCCAUUAAUCUAUGGAGGAUUGCUUUCCAUGAAGCUUUCAAGAGACUUUGUCCUGUUCGUGCUAGUGGUCACGAAUGUGGUUGCCUCCCAGUGGUGGCAAGAAUGGUAAUGGAACAAUGUGUUGCUAGACUCGAUGUAGCCAUGUUCAAUGCUAUACUUCGUGAAUCGGUACAUGAAAUGCCAACUGAUCCUGUCUCAGAUCCUAUUGUUGAAUCCAGAAUUUUGCCUAUACAGGCAGGGGAACUAACUUUUGGUUCUGGUGCACAACUAAAAAAUGCGGUUGGCAAUUGGUCUAGAUGGCUUUCUGAUUGGUUUGGGAUGGACAGUGAGGAUGAGCAUAGUACAGGUGAAGACGGUGACUUAGAAAAAAAUGGAAAAGGUGAAUUCAAAUGCUUUCAUCUCCUAAAUGCAUUAAGUGAUCUUCUGAUGCUACCAAAAGACAUGCUUAUGGACAGAACCGUUAGAACUGAGGUAUGCCCAUCAAUCAGUCUUCCAUUGCUUAAACGAAUUCUCUGCAAUUUCACUCCAGACGAAUUCUGUCCCGAUUCAGUUCCCGGUGCUGUAUUGGAGGAAGUAAACGCUGAGUGCCUCAUAGAGCGUAGGUUCUCUGGAGACAACUCAAGCAGUUUCCCUUACGCGGCUGCACCAGUGAUAUACAAGCCUCCUUCCUCUACCGAUGUUUCUGAAAAGGUGUCAGAGGCUAGUGGAAAAUCCCAACUGAGUAAAAACUCAUCCAUUGUUCAAAGGAAAGGAUAUACUAGUGAUGAGGAACUAGAAGAGCUCGAUUCACCACUCAGUUCUAUUAUUGAUAAACUACCUUCAUCUCCAACCAUUGCUAGAAACGGAAAUGGACAGCAUAUAGAACAAACCAGCCGUGUUGCAGUUAAUGCUAGAUACGAACUUCUUCGUGAGGUGUGGUUAUCAUGAUAAAGAAAAUAGUUUCGAAUCCAAAAAUGAGCGGGAAAAAAUAGAACGGAGAAAUCUGGUUUUAUAUUACAAAUUGUUAUUUUAUUGUGUAUGUUUAGAACAAGGGGUCAUUACGGUCAUAGUCUCAUAUAUAUCACAAGCUCGAGGGUGCCAAAGUUUGUCACUUGAUUAUAUUA